AUGUCUCGCGGCGUCUCAGCUGAUGGCUCAAACUGGCCCACCAGCACAGCUGCCGCCGGCUCCCCUUCGUGCCAGCGGCUAUGGAGCCACGGUUGGCUCGUGCCGUCGUUCACGAGAGUCGUCCUCGGUCGCCAAUUUGAUGUCAUCCCAUCGCGUAUCGGACGACGAAAUAAGAGGAUCCCCGUGCCUCGGCCCUGGGGCCUUGCAUGCGACGAGGUCGGACAGAGGCGAGAUGGCGUCGCACAGAUCUGGUGCGCUCCCCAGCAACCUCCAACAAUGCUCCGACCCGCCAGCAAUUCCACCGCCGUCAACACCACCUGUUUCUCUCCCGCAUAG